AACUGCACACAACCAAAUCACUAGGACGGAAAAAAACCCCCACAGACACCCCCGCCCCCCAAACCAACAGGAGGAGGAGAAGGAGAAGAAGAAAGAAUUAAGAAAGAAAGCCAUGUGCAGCUGUUGUUGUUAUGAGGAUUGUGAAUGCAGGCCUCUCGGCUUCCUCUUGGGCCUUCCCUUCGCCUUCGUGUCCCUCAUACUAUCCGUCAUCGGCAUCGUCAUCUGGAUCGUUGGGUUGGCGUUGACAUGUGUGUGCCCGUGUUGCUUGUGCGCGACGGUAAUAGUGGAGCUAGCCUUGGGAUUGAUCAAGGCUCCGAUUCACGUUAUCAAGUGGUUUACGGAACAGAUCCCCUGUUAGAUCCAAUUUCAAUUCUAAUAUCUCUUCUAAUCAAAUUCUACUUCUGUCGGUGAAAUUCUACGUCUGUGGUUAAAGAUAGUUCCGCUAGAACACAAGGAUCCAGAGUACAGAGAAAGAAAGAAAAGAAUUUUGAUGUUAUUUUUUUAGUUGAUUUACUGGAACGAGAUCCUUACUGUUAUGAUGAUGAUUCUUGAUUUUUUUUUUUUUUGAUCCGAUGAUUCUUGAUGUUCACAUACCUUCAAUCUGAUAAACAUGAUGUUUUCUUUACUUUA